AUGCCUGUCGGCAUCAAUCAACCGUCAAACCAAAUCAAAUUUACAAAUGUAUCUAUCGUGAGGUUAAAAAAAGGCAAAAAGCGCUUCGAACUAGCAUGCUAUAAGAAUAAACUGCUGGAAUAUCGGUCGGGCGUUGAAAAGGAUAUCGACAAUGUCCUCCAGAUCCAUACUGUUUUUCUGUCCGUGUCGAAGGCCCAAACCGCCCCCGCAGCAGAGCUUGCCAAAGCUUUCGGUACCGGCGUUCCCCAAGAUGAAAUAAUUCAAGAAAUUUUGCGCAAAGGCGAGGUGCAGGUGGGGGAGCGUGAGAGAAAAGAUAUCCUAGAGCGGAUUCAGAAGGAAGUUGUGGAUAUCGUGUCUGGACGACUGGUCGAUCCCGCCACCAAGCGUGUAUACACACCAACCAUGAUUGAGAAGGCCCUGGAUCAAUUAAGUGCGGCCAGUGGGCAGCAACAACAACAGCAACAAAAUGGCGAGCAUGGGGCAGCGGCCACAGCCGAGUCAUCAGAACAUGGUGGAACAGCAGGAGAACAGCGAAAGCCGUUAUGGAAAGGCGUUUCAGCCACCAAGUCGGCUAAGAGUCAAGCUCUCGAAGCCAUGAAGGCUCUCAUUGCAUGGCAGCCCAUUCCGGUGAUGCGGGCUCGCAUGCGUUUGCGAGUAACUUGCCCGGUAUCCUUACUGAAACAGUCUGUUAAAGUGACUUCAUCAGCGGGCAGUGCAGCUAAAGAGGAGCCAAAGUCCUCUAAAGGAAACAACAAAAAGGGCCAGAAAGGCAAAGGCAAGAAACACCAGGAAUCAGAGGAUGAAAAUGAAGUCGACGACAAGCAAACUGCGCCGAAAGCGCCGUCUAAUAUCAAAGACAAAAUCUUGAGCUACAUUGAAUCCAUAGAAUCGCAAGAAAUUAUCGGUGAGGAGUGGGAAGUCGUAGGCUUUGCUGAGCCUGGAGCUUUCAAGGGGGUUAACGAGUUCGUCACAAGUGAGACGCGUGGUCGAGGAAGAGUAGAGGUUCUGGAUAUGUCUGUGACGCAUGAAGAUUGA